UUUUGGACUCUAAGUGACGCUGUUGAACAAGAAUAUAAUGUCUAUCCAUAGUCUCUCUUCUGUAGUGCAGGCUUGUUCUUUUUAAGAUCACAUUAAGCUAGGCUCCGAGGGAACAGCAAGAAGCUUAUAAAUCUCGGCAAAUAACGUGUUGUUUUUUGUAGUCUUUGCUCGUGUUUUCUAGUGUUUUCUAAUAUAUACAAAGCACAUCUGGAAGAGUGGAUGAUAUUGAAUUCAAGUUGGAGGAUUUUCGUUCUUUUUCUUCAGAAAAUGUCCCUUUCCGACAUGGCGUAUCAGCAACCACUCAGCAAAUGCCGUUUACAUGUCGGACCUCAGCGGGUGAUGCUUCUUCUGUUGUUUUACUUCUUUAAUGUUGUCGCUGGUCAGAUCCGCUACUCUAUCCCAGAGGAAAUGAAGAAGGGCUCUCUUAUCGGUAAUGUAGCACAGGAUCUGGGUUUGGAUGUGAAAAGGCUCCGUUCUGGUCGGGCCCGUAUCGUGACCGGAGAAAACAUCCAGUAUACGGAGCUAAAGACAGACAAAGGGAUUCUCGUCGUGAAUGAGAGAAUAGACCGAGAGCAGCUUUGUGGAGACGUAACGCCGUGUAGUUUCAGCUUUGAAGUGAUUUUAGAAAACCCGAUGGAGCUACACCACAUAACAAUUGAGGUGUUAGAUGUAAAUGAUCAUCCUCCGGUGUUCAAGAAAUCGGAUAUUAUGUUAGACAUAAGCGAGUCAGCUAAUCUUGGGGCGCGAUUUGUGCUCGACAGUGCAGAGGAUCCUGAUGUUGGCGUCAAUGGCUUACAGAAUUAUGUUUUAACCUCAAACGACAAUUUCGUUUUAAAACAGCAUGUAAAUCCAGACGGGAGUAAAUAUGCAGAGAUGGUGCUUCAGAAGCAAUUAGACAGAGAGGAGGUUCCCCAUCUUUCUUUAAAGCUUAUAGCGGUAGAUGGUGGGAAUCCACAGAGAUCUGGCACAGUAAAUAUAAACAUAAUAGUUUUAGAUGCCAAUGACAAUCCUCCGGUUUUCAACCAGUCAGUUUAUAAAGCCACAGUGAUUGAAAAUGCAGCAAGGGGCACUAAUAUCGUUACUGUUAAUGCUACAGACGCAGAUAGCGGGUCGAAUGGUUACAUCACAUAUUCAAUUUCAAACGUGAAGAGCAACAUAGCUGAUUUGUUGUCCAUAGAUCAAGUCUCUGGUGCAUUAUUUGUUUCAGGUCCUAUAGAUUUCGAAAAGGAUAAAAAAUAUGAGCUUAGAAUCGAUGCAAAAGAUCAGGGAGGUUUAACGGAUUCAAGUAAGGUAAUAAUUGACGUAACUGAUGUAAAUGACAACGCCCCUAUUAUUAGCGUCAUGUCAUUCACUAGUCCUGUGUCAGAGGAUUCUCCUCCAGGUACAGCUAUUGGCAUUAUAAAUAUAAAAGAUCUUGAUUCUGGGGAUAACGGACAAGUGAAUUGUAAAAUAGAACAAAAUGCACCUUUUAAGAUUAAAUCUAGUUUAAGGAAUUACUACACUUUGGUGACAGACACUGUAUUAGAUCGUGAAAGUGUUUCAGAAUAUAACAUCACUGUUGUUGCGACAGAUGCAGGAAUGCCUCUUCUCUCAACAAAGAGAACAUUUAAUUUAAAGGUCUCUGAUGUGAACGAUAAUGCUCCAGUGUUUUCACAAGGUGUUUACAACGCGUUUAUUACAGAGAAUAACUCUCCAGGGGUUUCUGUUCUCACUGUUAGGGCUAGAGACCCUGAUGAAAACCAGAACGCCCGUAUAUCUUAUAUUCUGGUGGAUUCUGAUCUUGACGGUUCUCCAGUGUCUCACUGUGUGUCAGUGAAUGCAGAAAGCGGAGUCAUACACGCAGUGCGCUCAUUUGAUUAUGAGCAGGUCAAACAGCUGGUUUUCGUUGUCAAAGCUCAGGAUGGAGGCUCCCCUCCACUCAGUAGCAAUGUGAGUGUGAAAAUAAUGAUCCAGGACCAGAACGACAACCCUCCUCAGGUUCUGUACCCAGUCCAGACUGGUGGCUCUCUGGUGGCUGAGAUGGUGCCUCGUUCAGCAGAUGUGGGCUAUCUGGUCACUAAAGUGGUGGCUGUUGAUGUGGACUCUGGACAGAAUGCCUGGCUCUCCUAUAAACUGCAGAAAGCCACAGACAGGGCGCUGUUUGAAGUGGGCUUACAGAAUGGAGAAAUAAGAACUAUCCGCCAAGUCACUGAUAAAGAUGCUGUGAAACAAAGACUGACUGUUAUAGUGGAGGACAACGGGCAGCCCUCUCGUUCAGCUACAGUCAUUGUUAACGUGGCGGUGGCGGACAGCUUCCCUGAAGUGCUGUCGGAGUUCACUGACUUUACACACGACAAGGAGUACAAUGACAACCUGACUUUUUACUUAGUGUUGGCUUUGGCUGUAGUUUCCUUCCUCUUCAUCACGUGUUUAGUGGUUAUUAUAUCAGUGAAAAUCUACAGAUGGAGACAGUCUCGCGUCCUGUAUCACUCCAAUCUCCCUGUGAUUCCAUAUUAUCCUCCACGUUACUCAGACACUUUGGGGACAGGGACUCUCCAACACGUGUACAAUUACGAGGUGUGCAGGACGACUGACUCCAGAAAGAGUGACUGUAAGUUCGGCAGAGCUGGUAGUCAGAACGUGCUGAUAAUGGACCCCAGUUCUACAGGGACGAUGCAGCGGAUACAGAGUGAAAAGAGCAUCCUGGAUGAACCAGACUCUCCACUAGAGGUUAGUUCAGUUUUAUCACCUGAGUCAAUUAUACAAUCUUUGGUGCUGUGCGCCUCAAAUUCAAUUUUCCUUCUUGUUGACUGUGUACUUUGUAUGUUCACUCAACUGCCAGCUGUUUUAAAUAAAUGA